AUGAUUCGGACACCAUAUUUCUCACGCUCAUUGAUCGUGCAUUUCAUUUGCUAUCUUUUCAUACGGGAACGCGACACCUUUCACGCGACAGGAAUCGAGCAGGCGCAAGCCGUCAACCGCGGCCACUCCCAUUAUGUCAAAGAAAUGGGCGGAGCCGAGAAGGCUGUCUUGCCUCGCGUCGCGAUCACCCUAAUUGCCACCGGAAAAGAUGGACGCCCCGGCUGCGCACCAUCACCUCCGUCAUGUACAUCGACUACCUCGUGGUGGGCCUUCGGCCUCUCCCUCGGCGGCGGGACCCUCAGCGCCGACCCCUUCCUCUACAUGGCUCUCUCGGGGCUCGUGGAGGUGCCGGCCAACACCGUCGUCGUCCCCGUCAUCGCGCGCUUCGCCAGGCGGACGCUCAGCAUCUUCUUCUUCGUGGUGAGCGGCGCCGCGCUCCUGGCGCUGCCCUUCAUGCCCUCAGGCCACGCAUGGGCGGCGGUGAGCCUGGCGAUGGUGGGCAAGAUGAGCAUCACCUUCACCUUCAACAUCCUUUUCCUGUUCGCCUCCGAGGUCUUCCCGACGGAGGUCCGGACGCGGGGCAUGGGCACCUCCCUCAUGAUGUCUCGAAUCGGAGCCAUGGUGGCCCCGUUCGUCACGGAGUCCAUGGGUUCCGUCUACCCUUGGGCUCCUUCUGUGGUAUUUGGUGCGUCUUCUGUGGUGGCUGGACUGGCAACGCUGGCGCUGCCCGAGACGCAAGGCGCAGCACUCCCUGACACCAUCAGCCGCUUCGAGGCCAGAUCAAGAGCAAGGGAAGUGGUAAAAGACCCUAGAGUUCCUGCAGGAGGCCUAGAAGGAGAGGACGGAGAACAAAGCAACUGACCAGUUCUUCCGUACAAGGUCUCCAGGCUGGCGACUUCUUUCGUCUACUAGCCUGAUAUAAGCUGCUUCCCCAAGCUUACUAUUCAUUUUGAGAUGGUAUGAGUGAGAAUGAACAUCCUCACAGAGUAAAAGAGGUAUAUGAGCGGGUUCGAUUAUAUUUUCAUCAGAGUGCACGCAUUUCUGACGCAGACAAAUUCGAGGCCGGUCAGAUACGUCUCUCGUCCUGUGAAGACGUCUGCCCGCAUUCGUGCCUUUCCUACAGUGGUCGCCACGAACGCGGUUCAUUAUUGAUAUCAUUAUAGUUUGGAUUAUAUUCAU